GGCCGGAGCUCCGCGGGAAGCCGCUGCUCGCCCGUAUGGAGACCCGGCUCCUCCUUGGGGCGCUGCUGGGCGCCUGGCUGUCCUCAGCCCUGUCUCCGUGGGGUGCCCGGGCGCAGCUCCUGGCCGAUGGGGAUCUGCCGCUCCCCAGCCGAGGCAGCGCGGCGGGAGCCCGGAGCGGGGGCGGCCUGGCCGCGGCGGUGCAGGAGUCUGGAAUGGCAGUUUAUAACACUUCACCUACAGCAAUGUCCUUGUCCUGGAACAGGAGAACUCACAGUAUGAAAUGUGGACCACCCAAUUCACUUGCAUGUUUUAAUGGAGGUGAAUGUGUGUACAGGGAGCUGUGCAACUGCAGUCGGUUUAAUGCGACGGGGCCGCAAUGCCAGACAGUGUAUAACACAGGUGCUGAAAGAGAUCACAUAUGCAGGACAUGGGGCCAGUAUAAUUUUGAAACUUUUGAUGGACUCUAUUAUUACUUUUCUGGGAAAUCCACAUAUGCCCUUGUGAGACACGCUGAAUUGGAUGAGCAGAGCUUUUCCAUACAGGUGAAUAAUGAUCCUGGAUGCCAUUCUUCUCCUUACUCCUGCAAGAGGUCCAUUAGUUUAUUCUUUUCUGGAGAUGAACAGAUAAAGAUGAGCAGUGAAGUCACCUAUAAAGGAUUUGGAGUAAAAUUACCUUAUGUUGUUGGAAACUUACACAUCCAGAAACUAGCUGGAUACUUCCUGGUCAGGCACCAGUAUGCCUUUACCCUGGCUUGGGAUGGUACAUCUGCAGUGUACAUCAAAAUGGCACCAGAGUACCUGGGCAAAACCCAUGGACUGUGUGGAAACAAUAAUGCUAUUCUGCAGGAUGAUCUGGAAACUAGUUAUGGAAAGCUGACAGAUGAUGUAACAGAAUUCGUAGAGAGCUGGCAGGAAAAUCCUCCACAAGGAACACCUGACUGGGACAGAUCUCUCCUCAGUGAACCCCCGUGCCUGACACAAAGCCAUGAAUCUCUGCAGAGGGCAUAUGCUCUGUGUAAUAUCCUGUUACAUCCCCCAUUUAAACAAUGUCAUGAGUAUGUGAGUCCUCUUUCUUUUAUGGCAAGCUGCACAAAUGACCUCUGCAUGUCAGCAGCUGAUGAUGCAACCUGGUGUCGAGCGCUCACUGAGUACGCCAGGGCGUGUGCCCAGGCAGGAAAGCCACUUCAUGGAUGGCGUGUGCACUUCCAGCAGUGUGUCAUUACCUGUGCUGAACCCUUGACCUACAGUGAGUGCAUCAACUGCUGCCCUGUUUCAUGCCACCAGCAAUCCCAGUGCAUUGGCAGUGAGCUCCACUGCAUUGAUGGCUGCUACUGCCCAGAUGGCUUAAUUUAUGAAAAUGAAUCGUGUGUCAAGCCUAUGGACUGUCCUUGUGACUACCAUGGAAGUUUCUUUGAAAUGGGUUCAGUGGUUUAUGAAGAAUGCAAUAACUGCACUUGCAUUGGAGGAAAGUGGAUCUGUACAAAUUUUACAUGUCCAGCUGAAUGCUCAGUCUCAGGAGACACUCACUUCAUGACCUUUGAUGGGCGCAAAUACACUUUCCAAGCCACCUGCCAGUACAUCCUGGCCAAGAGCCGCACGUCUGGGAUGUUCACUGUAUCCUUGCAGAAUGCCCCUUGUGGACAGAACCAGGAUGGGUCAUGUAUCCAAUCUGUCAGCCUUAUUCUUAAGCAGGACCCCAAGAGGCAAGUGACCCUGACUCAUUCAGGAGAUGUUUUGAUCUAUGACCAGUACAAAAUUAACCUGCCUUAUGCAGAUGAGUCAUUUGAAAUAUGGAAACUGUCCUCUGUAUUUCUGCAAGUAAAGACCCAGAUUGGGUUACAGAUCCUCUAUGACAGAGAAGGAUUGAGGCUUUACCUUCAAGUGGAUGAACGGUGGAAGGAUGACACUGUGGGCCUUUGUGGAACCUUCAAUGGAAACACAGAGGAUGAUUUUCUAUCUCCAGUUGGAGUAACAGAAAGCACUCCAGAGCUGUUUGGAAACACGUGGAAGACUUCAUCGGCGUGCGUUCUUGCGCAUGACAGCUCACAGGUGGAUCCGUGUGAUGUUCAUCUGCAGGCAGCCUCUUAUGCAGCGGAAGCUUGUAGCAUCCUUACGAAAGAUCUUUUUGCUCCAUGCUACCCCUAUUUGAGUCCUGUUCCCUAUUUUGAGCAGUGCAGAAGAGACACUUGCAAAUGUGGACAGACUUGUUUUUGCUCUGCUCUGGCCCAUUACGCUCAUCACUGCCGAAGGUUUGGAAUUGUAAUAGAUUUCAGAGGAGCUGUCCCAGAUUGUGCUCUUUCAUGUGAAGACACAAAGGAGUACAGUACUUGUGUAUCUACCUGUGGCAGGACCUGCCAAGCACUGUCUGUGCCAGAGACAUGCAGCAGUGACUGCGUUGAAGGCUGUGCUUGUCCCUCUGGAAUGUAUUUGGAUACCAGCACUGAGCGAUGCGUGCAGCGAAAUGAAUGCCCAUGUUAUUUUCAAGGAAUUGACUAUCCCCCAGGAGAAAAUGUUAUGACAUCUUUAGGCAAAUGCCAUUGCAGGGAUGGAGUAAUGAACUGUGACAAGAACAUAAUAGCACACAGCUGCCCAGUUGGACAGAUUUAUAUUAACUGCAGUAAUCCACAAGUGAAUCCUGAGCUCAGCAGAGAGAGGACUUGUGAGAAUCAGCUGCUAAACGUCACUUUCUCAGCACACCUUCCUUGUGUGUCAGGCUGUGUCUGCCCACCAGGUCUUGUGAAACACGGGGAUAUGUGCUUGGAUGCAGAUGAGUGUCCAUGCUCAUGGAAAGGAAAGGAAUAUUUUCCUGGUGACAAAGUCAUUUCUGCCUGCCAUACAUGCGUUUGCCAGCAUGGGUCGUUCCAGUGCACCUUCCAGCCUUGCCCGUCCAUGUGCACGGCGUACGGGGACCGGCACUACCGCACCUUCGAUGGGCUCACCUUUGACUUUGUUGGAACUUGUAAGGUGUACCUGGUUAAGGGGACUUCUUCAACCAGUCUUUCUGUCAUUGUAGAAAAUAUUGACUGCUUUAGUACUGGAAUCAUUUGCAGAAAAAACAUUUUCAUUAACGUUGGAAAAUCUCUUUUAGUAUUUGAUGAUGAAACUGGGAAUCCAAGCUUAUCUAGUUACAUAGAUGGCCUACAAAAAGUGCAGUUAUGGAAAGCUGGAUUUUUCACUGUUGUUCACUUUCCUGAUGAACAUAUUACCAUUCUUUGGGAUCAGAGGACAACAGUUCACGUGCAGAUGGGCCAUCAGUGGCAGGGAGAAUUGACUGGAUUGUGUGGAAAUUUUGAUUUGAAGACAGUAAAUGAACUGAGGACUCCAGAUAAUUUUGAAUUAACAAACGCACAAGAGUUUGGAAACAGUUGGACAGCUGUAGAGUGUGUGGACAGCUCUGACGUUCGAAAUCCAUGCAGUUUGAACCCCCUUCGAGAGCCAUUUGCCAAGAAGGAAUGUGGGAUACUGCUAAGUGAAGCAUUUGAAGCUUGCCACCCAGUGAUUGACGUCACCUGGUUUUACUCCAACUGCUUGACAGACACUUGUGGCUGUAACCAGGGUGGUGACUGUGAGUGUUUCUGUACAAGUGUCUCAGCUUAUGCCCAUCAGUGCUGCCAGCAUGGAGUUGCUGUGGACUGGAGGUCUCCCAGAGUGUGCCCUUAUGAUUGUGAAUAUUUCAACAAAGCUCUGGGAAAAGGCCCAUACAAACUGGUCAGCUAUUUGGAUGGAAGAUUUGUAAUAGCAGCAAAAUUGGUGGAUGGCGUUGUUUUCCCCGUGAAAGAAGAUGAUAUUGUUCCUGGGCAUGUAGUGAGCUUCAUGCUGACUUCAGGACUUUAUAAACCCAAAGCACAUGAUUCCAGCUUGAUUUCAUUUGAAACAGCUGAGAGACCGAAUUAUUUUCUUCAGCUGGUCUCCAAUAAUACUCUUGCUGUUUCUAAAUGGAAAAAAUCAGAAGAUUUUCACAACAGAUCUACGUUUGUCAUUCACAAGAACACGUGGCUGUCGGGAUACAGUUCCUUUGAGUCAUUUGCAAAACCAGGAUUCUUCAUCCACAUUUCAGCCUCUUCAGUUGGGCUUUUGAAGUACCAUCAUUCAGAGGAGUUCAGACUGUCAACCCUUUUUAAACUUGUGGAUGUCAAAUUUAAGCUUCUGUCCCGUUCUACGUGUGAAUGGCGUUAUGAUGCCUGCACAAGCCCUUGCUUCAAGACAUGCAGGGACCCUUUGGGAAAAAACUGUCAGACAGUACCAAAAGUGGAAGGAUGCAUCCCUGCCUGUCCUUUCAACAUGUUGCUGGAUGAAAUCACUCAAAGAUGCGUGUAUUUUGAAGACUGCAUUGAACCUGCAGAUGACAGCCCACCUUUGCUUCUUAGCAUUCAAACCCCAGCAGUUCCAACUGCAAGUGCAAGUUUGGCAGUGAUCAGUGAGGAGGUAACUUCAUUUCUUGCGCCUGAAGCAAAGGACACGGAAACAACACUUGCUACAAAAUUGCAACUCACAGCAACUACAGAGAAAUUGGAAGUUUUGGCUAUUACAUCCAACAAAACGCUUCCAGCUGUAACGUUAUUGCCAACUAUUUCUUCACAGUCAACAGAAAUGACAUCUGGGAAAAGCACUACAGCAACAACAGGGACAACAAAAUCUAAUGUAAGCUUGUCUGGUUCUGUUGACAUUUCUCCUUUGUUUCCCUCUGCUGUCAGUUCAGAAACUUCCACAAGGAUACAGCUGAUCAGUAGUGGCUCCACUAAAGUGCUCAGGGCUACAGAACCUCAGACAGCAACUGCUACACAUGCAGUGACCACAAGAACAGAAACGGAGAGCAAACCAGUUGCUACUUCUGUUUUUACUGGGACACCACUUAUACAUAGAACAACAGAAAUGCCAGUCAAAACUAAAAUAAUGGAGUUAUCAGAAAUGGCCACAAGAACACUUCCCACGAAAGAAGCACACGUAAAACCAGAAGGACUUACAACAUUUACACCCAGUUCAUUUGAAUCCAUAACAGAAAAAACUACUGCAUCUGUGCCACAGCUUUCUACAUCACCUCUGGAAGUGCCUUCAUAUACACCCCCAGUAAACUUAACAGGAGCUUCAGAAGGGACAAAAAUAAGCGUAGAACAGUCUUUUACCACAGCAGCUAAUGUUACAGUGACAUCAUUUUCUCCUAUGCUCACUACUUCAUCUUUGUUAAAGCCAGUGUCUUCAACAACAACAGGAGCAGCAGCUGUUUUAACCAAACAGAGUGACAAGACUACAUUUUCACCAACAUCCAUGCCACCUGUUUCAGUAGGAAAGACAACUACAGAACCUCCUCUUGGAAUGGUUCAACACCUGACUGGUACUCCAGAGGUUCUUUUCACUACAACUCUAGGUCCAAAGGUGACGACUCUACAAACCCAAGAGAGAUCAUCAGAAACAACUUUGUUAUCAUUUGCAACUCCUAAAAAGGAAAUCCCAAAAAUAACAUCUCAUGUGGAGCAUAAGUCAAGUUCCUAUAUCCCUCCCUAUUCACCACAUCCUAGUUCUAGUACUGAAAAAUCCUUCAUUCUUUCUACAAAGAGACCUGCAGUGUCUGCUCCUAUUCCUGCUUCUCCAGCUUCAGGUGAAUUAAAAAAAACAUUUAAAACUGUUUCAACAACAGGAUAUCCCUUAUACAAGGUUCUAAAUACAACUGAGUUCCUGACUACAUUAUACACUAAAUAUCCUGUCAUGGCUGAGACUAGCAGUGUGACACCUUUGUCUGUUAAGGUAACAUCCAAGAUAACAUCCCCUCUUGAAAUAGCAACAAAGUCAACUUUGGUUUCUGGAAAAAUAUCUACUGAAUACAAGUCAGCUCUGGUUUCAAGUACAGUGAAGACAAGCAGUCCAGCAUAUUCAGGUAGUGUUACAACAUCAGCAAUGAAAACCAAGGAAACCACCACAGCUCCUUUUGUAGCUACAGAAAGAGAAUCACCUCAGAGAACAUCCAUCACUGGAUCUCGACUUGCUCUCCUUACUGGGACUGAAACCACAUUAUUGACAACACUGCCUGGUACAUCACAAGUAGAAAGUAUUACUACCAUCUCUACUGGAAAGCCAUCUGCUUUGUCUUUUCCACCAUCAGGUUCUCUAAUUUCUUUAAACAUUUCUCUUCCUUCACUACCCUCAGAUGGAAAAGAAGCGUUGCUGACAACUUUAAGCCCCAUGAGUACAUCCUAUGAAAGAACCUCUUUAUAUCCUAGAACAACUUCACAAAAAUCUGUGUUAACAGAAAAGACCUCUCCAGUCCCAACUUUAUCUAUUUUAUCUUCUAUAUCAGAACAAGCAAGUUCAAUAACAACAGUACCAGAUGAAAAAUCACUAGUGAAUAUCACUGAUGCCACAUUCUCCCCAACCUCUGAAAUCAGCAGUCGGCUCAUAACAACCAAAAAAAUAAUGACGGGCAAAGAAAAAUCCUCUCUGUCCCCUUCUGUCACACUUCCAGUAACAAAGCCAUUUCACACUUUCUCCACCUCUCAGUAUCUAGGAGAUAAAUUAGUUUCUUCACCUUUAACACAACUGCUACCAGAAGUAACAACCACACCAAAAUAUUUAGUAGAAACUAAAAUGGUUUCUACAGCAUUAAAACCUGCAGUCCAAAGUGUGACAGAAGCAGUGAAAAUUCCAGCAGCUGCAGCUCAGCCAUCCCUGCCUCCAUCUUCAGCAGGCCCCUUCUCCUUGCAGACAUCUUCAGGAGCUGUGCUACAGACCACAAGGACCACUGUUAUACCACCUUAUGCUACUCAGAAGGUUAUAGAACUUGGCCAUCAGACAUCUGAACCUUCAUUGACAAGCCGAGUUCACCAGUAUCCUGCAGAAUCUCUAACAAAAUCCCCUGGUCAGCCACAACCUCUCUUUAGCACAACUGAAGCUACAGUAGAACUGACUUCCUUAAAGACCCUGCUGCCUGAAGGCACUCAUUCAAGUGUGUUACCUACCUCAGUAGGUCCUACCAAAGUUAUUUUACCAACUCAAAAAUAUUUGCAUUUAACUGAUGUAGUCACACAGCCACUUGUAUCAAGAACUUCUGUUUUGCAGCCUACAGUCCCAGAUAGAACAACAGCUGACUUGAUUUUUGACACCAAAUUUCCCCCUUUCUCACCAGAACUGCUUGCCACUUCCCCUUCUUCAACAGCAAUUAAAAAAGAACCAAUUCCUUCAUUUUCCACGCAAAAGACAGCUACAGAUCUAAAAUUCACACAUGAAGCCACAUUUACUAAAUCCCUCGAUUCAAGACAAACACUUGAAGCAUCACCUUCCUUGGAUUCUGAAGCAACCUCUUCAAUGGUUUUGUCACCAGGAACAACAGAAGUUCCUGUUGCCUUGCGCUCCACAUCAAGGGAAAGUGGUACAGAGGAAGCUGUGGUGUUGCCUAAGCAGGUCACACCUUCAGCCACCACCUCCAGUUCCAUGACCCUACCAAGGACAGCCUUGUCCACUGAGGCCCAUUCCUCAGCUUCAGCCUCUCCGGUGAUAAGCAGUGCUGUGCAAAGCCUCAGUACUGCAUCAGCAGCCUCAGACACAGCAGCAGCAGUCACAGAGCCCAUCUCCAGCUCUCCUUCUGUUACUUCAGAAGCAAAAGGAGCCUUGCCCCUCGACACAGUGAAGUCUGAAGAGUCAGAAUUAACAACAGGAUUCCAGUCUGUCCUUACUCAGGGUGCUACUGUUACACCUCAGACAUUUUACCCUCUGCAUUUCACAAACACAACUUCAGUUCUGUCCACUGUACAUUCACCUGCUGAAUCAAAAGUGUUUUCUUCUAUAGCUCCAUCAUUAGUCAGUACUACUCAAACUUCAAAAUUUCAAGUAACAUCUGAGAUGCAGACACCAUCUGUGAGUUCACUGCUAAUGAUACCUGAACAUCCAAAUGACACAGCAGCUUCAUCAGUUUCCUCAUUUACUUCAUCCACCAAACCACUUCAUGGCUUGACUACAACGUUUUCUGAUGGACUGACAAUAGCUGAAGCCAUGGCAGGAGCUGCAACAUCACCUUUUAUGUUGCCUCAAGAAACAGCAACUCUUCAAACUUGUACACCAAUCACAGAGAGUGAGUGCAUAAAACACAUUUGUGUGGAUGGACAGCUGAUCCAGGUUAAUAAGUCACAGAACUGCCCAUACAAUGCUACUCAACCCAGCUGUGGAGUUUUAGGAUUUGCUACUCAAACAAAUGGUGACAAAUGCUGCCCAAAGUGGGAAUGUGCAUGUCGUUGCACCAUUUUCUCUGAUCUGAGCAUUGUAACCUAUGAUGGAAAUCAUUUGGCUUUAUUCAAAGAAGCAUCCUACAUUGUUAGUCAAACUCCAGAUGAAACUAUAACCAUCCAUGUCCUUGACUGUAGAAUGAGUAAUUCAAAUUCUACUUCUUUGUGCCUGGCAAUGUUGAACCUAACUUAUGUAUCAAAUCAAAUUAUUAUCAAUCGUUUAAGCAGAAAAAUAACAGUAAAUUCAAGAUCUGCUUGGCCUACUGUUAGAAAAUAUGGAUACAAAGUUGAAGAUUCAGGCUUCAAGUAUGCAGUUGAGACCCCAACAAAAAUCAGAAUUCAGUGGUUUCACAGCACAGGUGUGAUGAUUAUUGAGCUGAAUAAUACCAGAGAACCAAAAGCUUUGGGGCUAUGUGGGUUUUGUGAUAGAAGCUUGGAAAAUGACUUGAUGCUUCCCAACAGGACAGUUUUAAGCCAAAGCAGUUCACCCUCGACUUUUAUAGACAGCUGGCAAGUGCCAGACACGUUAAAGUAUGUUGGAGAAGACAGGCAUCAGGAAACUAAUUGCUCAGUCAUGGACUGCUCAGAGUGCUUAAGAAUGGUGUUGAACCAGACCUUCAGCAGCUGUCACCCUUAUAUUCCACCUGAGCAAUUCUGUGAUAUGUGGGCUCGAGACACUGAGUACAUUCAAAAUCCAUGCGUUUCACUAGCUGCCUACGUGGCAAUGUGCAACAAAUUCAAUAUUUGCAUAGAGUGGAGGAGCUCUGAUUACUGCCCCUUCCCCUGCUCUGAAAACUUCUCCUACCAGCCUUGCAUAGCUGCCUGUGAGGUUCCAGAGAGUUGUGAGAGUAAAGAGGUGGCUCCUCUGGGCUCAGACUCCUGCUCAGUGCUGACAGAAGGCUGUGUCUGUGCUGGAGGGACCCUCCUUCACCGGACUCAUACCGCUGUCUGUAUUCCUGAAGAAAAAUGUGCUUGUACAGACAGCUCAGGAGCCCCUCAUGCUGUGGGUGAGAUCUGGAGAACUUCUUUGAGCGGAUGCUGUAUGCAAAAAUGUGUCGACAGUGAGACCAUAAUCCCCGUGGAGCACAACUGCUCGGAGAUCCACAGUUCGGAGUGUCAGCGAUUUGCAGAAGUGGCCUUGCUUGUUCCUGAUGAUCAGACAUGCUGUCCUCAGAAGAUCUGUAUUUGUAAUCAGAGUCUCUGUGAACUCCUAAUCCCUGAGUGUAGCAGCUUGGAGAAAUUGGUCACCUACUACAAUGAAGAAUCCUGUUGUCCCAGCUACGUUUGUGAAUGUGAUCCAGAAAAAUGUGAACCAUUGGAGCAGAUGCCAAGCUGUCAAGAUGAUCAAACACUAAUUGCUGCUCGGGUGGAGAAUACCUGCUGCAUUUCCUAUAUGUGUGCAUGCGGGGCUUGCUCAGAUCAAAUUCCCAAAUGUCAAGAAGGAGAAGUUCUCAUUGUGGAUGGCAACACUACUGGCAGGUGUUGCCCUACAUACCAGUGCAUCUGUGAAAUCCAUCGUUGUCCUGAAUUCAGGUGCAUGCUGGGCAUGUCCCUGGUGGAGGUGUGGAGCCCGGAGAAGUGCUGCCCCUUCCGGACAUGUGAAUGUGCAUGUGAAACAAUCCCCAAACCUCAGUGCAAACUGGGGCAGAAACUUCAGAUAGAUGAACUGUUUCAGAACAGUACAGAAAAUGUCUGUAACUGUGUGAAGUACAAAUGUGUGAGGGACAAAGUUUGCCUGAGUAAUGAGAGAGGUGUGCUGCUUCCUGGGCAGAGGAUUGUGGAGCACAGUGCAGAUGGCAUUUGCCAUAUUUCCUAUUGUACAAAUGUGGUUGAUCCCUCCACUAAAUACUACAAAAUAAACACAUCUUCCAUAGACUGUGCUGUCAACUGCAAAGCUAACCAAGUCUAUCAGCCUCCAAAAGAUUUGACAACUUGCUGUGGUAGCUGCAAGAACUUGUCUUGUCUCCACACUUUCAGCAAUGGCACAGUUACCAGUUUUAAGCCUGGCGCUGUUUGGAUUUCAAGCUGCAUCAGAUAUGAAUGCACCAACACAGCAAUAGGACCAGUUCUGGUGUCCUCUGCAGUUGGAUGCCCACCCUUUAAUGAAACUGAAUGUGUCAAGGUUGGAGGCUAUGUUGUGCCAUUCUUAGAAGGAUGCUGCAAAACAUGUAAGGAAGAUGGUAAAUUCUGUAAGAAGGUGACUGUUAGGAUGACCAUCCGCAAGAACGACUGCAGGAGUAACACACCGGUGAACAUUGUUUCCUGUGAUGGGAAGUGCCCCUCUGCCAGCAUUUACAACUACAACAUCAACACCUACGCCAGGUUCUGCAAGUGCUGCAGGGAGCUGGGGCUGCAGAGGAGGACUGUGCAGCUGUACUGCACCAGCAACUCCACCUGGGUCAGCUACUCCAUCCAAGAGCCCACUGAUUGCUCUUGCCAGUGGUCUUAAAAAAAGUGAAAGAAAGCAGCAAGCCCCGCUGUUCAUAGCAUAAUGUUAUAGUAGUUUAUCUAUUAAUACAAUGGCCAAUCCCCUUAAUGUCACCAGUUUACUGCAGAAGACUACAAAUACAUUUGGACUCUCCUAAAUUUCUGAAAAGUGGCUUUGCAUCAUUUGUAUUGUGAUUUGUCUUCAUUUUCAUUCACAGGGAUUGUUUUAAGGGUUCUUGUGAUACGUGCCAACAUAAAAGGUGAUUUACAUUAGUGACACCUAAAGAAUAAGAGCACCAUCUGUUUUGUUCUGGAAGGCUGAUCCACUCUUUGUCAAGACCCCAGUUUUACAUCAUUGCCUGACUUACCUGGCAGCAGGUCACUGUUUUGAAAGCAUUGUAAUUGUGCAAGUAUUCUUAGUGUCUAUUAAGAAAAGUUCUUUGGAUAACAUGAGAAGAAUUUUCAGUUUAAAUCAUAUUCCUGUUGCUAAGUAGAGCAUGUAUAAGAAAUUCAAUGUAGAAUUUAUUUUUUUUUAGUCAGGGAAACAUUAUUCAUACUGAUAACUGUAUGUAGCAUUCCCUGUGAAUAAUUUCAGUUUUUCUAGUGUAUUUUAUAUUGUAGUGAAAAGCAUUAUGGCAAGCAUGUGUUUAUGGAACAGAUCUGCUGUCUUUAGGCUAUCUAGUUUAGCCAUUAGUCACUUUAUCCUUCUGCUAAACAAUAUGACAUAAACUGAAAAUACACAGAUUUAAAAAGCAAAAACCAUUUUAUAUUCCUUUUUAUAGGUAUAAUUUAAAUGAAAACUUUCAUCUUAUGAAAUGAACCAUACUUAAAUUGUCUCUUAGGAGAAUGAACAUUGUUUAACACUAAUUUUAAAGAUGUGAAAGUUCAUUAGGAAAAAGAAAAUGAGGAUUAUAUGUAUCUGCCUCAAAGAAAAACAACAUUGAAAGUCUUUGUCACCUGUAUA